GCAGCCAGAGAGGAGCUCCAGUCGAACCGGUGGCAACAAUAGACUACAGAAAACACAGCUUGACCAAUCAAUAGACCUCUGCCAGAAACAUUGUGAGCGGGAGAGAGCUGCUCAAGGACCAAGGAGGAGCAGAUAAGGUGAAGGUCUGGGGCAAUUACAGCACCGCUCUCCAAAACUAGAUAACUGCUGGGGAAAUUCCAGAGCAGAAGACGGCACUAGUUAUCCUUCUUUGUGGUGAGACAGGAGGAACAUCAGGACUGGCACUUAAGUGCCAAUCAAAGGUCUAUUUGUGGAGUUGAUGAUCUCACCCUAGUGCCCGGGUUGUGAUGUGGGGGUGUACCAUGGCAAUACAAGGUUCAGUAGUGAGCCUGGCUCUACUCUUUUUCGGGAUUCAAGCUGUUCCCAACCCCACCAGCAAACUAGUGAGGACCACAAGGGUGAGGCGACAGGUUCCAGAGGGGGGCGAUCCUGCUGACAACCAGAUGCAGCCCAUGGUCUUCAAUCACGUAUACAACAUCAAUGUACCAGUUGAGUCCCUCUGUUCAGUGGACCUAGAUGCGGUGACAGGUCCAGAGACAAACAAAACAGCAUCUGGGAGUGAUAAGAUGCCGACGGAGUACACAGAGGAAACAGUGGACUCGGACAGCCAGGUGACCUUCACUCAUCGCAUCAAUAUCCCAAAGCAGGCCUGUGCUUGUCCUUCGGCUACCACCAUAGAGCAGCUGGCAAACCGCAUAGAGAUGCUGGAGAGAGAGGUGUCGCUGCUUCGAACACAGUGUAGCUCCAGCUGCUGCGGAGAGAGCUCUGUCAUGGGUCGCCUGGACUUCGUCCCUCAGUGCGGCCAUGGCACAUUCAGUAUGGAGGUUUGCGGGUGUGUUUGUGAAGAAGGCUGGAUUGGCAAGAACUGCACUGAGCCGCGCUGCCCAGACGACUGCUCGGGCCAGGGCAUUUGUAUCGAAGGCGAUUGUGUCUGCGACCGUAACUUCGGUGGUGAAAACUGCUCCGAGCCACGAUGUCCAAGUGACUGCUCUGACAGGGGCUUGUGUAUUGACGGGGAGUGUGUUUGUGAGGAGGCCUUCGCGGGGGAGGACUGCUCACUGGGCAGAUGUCUGAACGACUGCUCGGAUCAAGGGGCCUGUGUGAACGGAAGCUGCCAGUGCCGAUCCGGCUUCCUGGGGGAAGACUGCUCUCUCAUCUUCUGCGCUAAUAACUGCAGCCAGAGAGGGGUGUGCAAGGAGGGCUUCUGUGUCUGUCAAGAGGGAUACACAGGAGAUGACUGCACUUCAGUUUUACCUCCAAUGAAUCUGCAAGUUCGGGGAGUGUCAGAAAACACCAUUGAUCUGCAGUGGGAAGGCUCAGCGAUCCUGACAGACUAUCUCAUCACUUACGCCCCCACAACUCCAGGCGGAGUCCAGCUAGAAAUGAGAGUCCCUGGAAAUGUUACCAACAUCACCAUCAAAGGUUUAAAUCCGGGUCUGGAGUACAAUGUCAACGUGUACGCAGUGAUUGACAACAUCAUCAGCUCCCCAAUGAACACCUUAGUCUCCACCUAUCUCUCGAAUCCAGACGGUUUACUCUUCAAAUCCAUCAUGGAGACAUCCGUGGAGGUUCAAUGGCAACCCUUAGACUACUUGUUUGAUGGUUGGGAAAUAAGCUUCAUUCCCAAGGACAAUGAUGGAGGGAUGACAGCACAGCUACCCAGUACUAUCACAUCAUUCCACCAAACGGGACUGAGGCCUGGAGAAGAAUACACUGUCAACCUGGUGGCCCUGAAAGACCAAGGCAGGAGCCUGCCUGUUACUGCAACUGUUAUCACACUGAUCGAUGGGCCAGUACAGCUUAUUGUGCGAGACAUCUCAGACACGGUUGCAUUUGUGGAGUGGAGCCCACCCAAGGCUAAAGUGGACCAGAUUGUAUUGCGUUAUGGGCUGGUAGGGGUAGAAGGGCCAAAAACCACCUUUCGCCUUCAGCCUACUCUGAGCCAGUACUCACUCCAAGUCCUGAGGCCAGGAUCUACAUAUGAAGUGUCAGUCAGUGGAGUUCGCAAUGGCACUGAGAGUGGAGUUAUUUCAACAGAAUUCACAACAGAAAUCGAUGCGCCAAAGAACCUGAGAGUGCUUUCAAAAACGUCUACUAGCCUGGAGCUGGAAUGGGACAAUAGUGAGGCUGAUGUUGAGGGUUACAGUGUGGUCUAUAGCACACUGGCCGGUGAUCAGUAUGACAAAGUCAUUGUCCCGCGCAACGAUGGCGCCAGCACUAAAACUACUCUCAAUGAUCUAAUGCCUGGCACAGAGUAUGGAAUAGGAAUUUCAGCUGUACUUGGUGCCAACCAAAGCACCCCAGCAACAAUGAAUGCCAGAACAGGUCUGGACGUCCCAUUAGAUUUGACUGUCACAGCCUCCACCGACAACACCAUCACCCUUUUAUGGGGCACAGUGCAGGGGCCUAUUGAUCACUAUAGGGUGACUUACACCUCAUCCAGUGGAGUCACAACUGAGCUCACUGUGCCCAAAGACGUCACCACCACCACUCUGACAAGUCUAGAGCCGGGCACCGAGUACACCAUCACUGUGGCAGCGCAGCGAGGCAGGCAGCAGAGCACGGCGGCCACUAUCGAUGCCUUCACAGGGUUCCGCCCAAUCACACAGCUCUUCUUCUCUGAGGUCUCCUCUGAUUCAUUGACUGUGGCGUGGAGUUCACCGGCUCCGCCUGCUGACGCAUUCAUCUUGAACUACAGCGCUCAGGACUCCAGUGAGGAUUCUGAGAUUGCGCUUGAUGGGUCGAAAACCAGAAUCACCCUUACGGGUCUCAUGCCAUCCAGGCGCUACACUGUUACAUUGGUCACCAUGCAUGGCAAUGUGACUUCAAAGCCAGUUGUAGGCUCAGUCAACACAGGAAUGGAUCCUCCCAGAGACAUGACUGUGCUGUACGUCACUGAAGAAUCUGUAACCAUAACAUGGAUUCAACCCCUCGCACCCUUUGAUUACUACAGAAUGUCUUACCAAUCAUCUAAAGGAAGGAUGGACAGUGUGGUGAUUGACAACAACAUUAAUAACUACACCCUAACAAGCCUCCAUCCAGCAACAGAGUAUGAAAUCAAGCUGAACGCAGUGAGAGGAAGCCAAGAGAGCAAGGUCAUCACCACUACCGUAUUCACAGCUAUGGACAUGCCAGCGGAGCUCACUGCACUGAACGUUACACCUCAAGGGGCUCUACUGCGCUGGAACCCCCCAGCUUCCAGUGUUGAUAACUACGUGCUCACUGUCACCCGGAACCAAGUUACAGCAGACACCUUCUUAGUGGAGGGUAACAAGCAGGAGUAUCAGCUGAGUCAGCUCAUCCCCAGCACCACCUACUCAGUGGCCCUUUAUGCCACCAAAGGUCCUCUCACCAGCGGCACGGUCAUCUCCAACUUUGUCACACCCAUGGAUGCUCCCCAGAACCUGACAGCUAGUGAGAUUAACCAUCGAAGUGCCCUCAUAUCCUGGCAGCCGCCCAUCGCAGACAUCGACAACUACAUGCUGACCUACAAAGCAGCGGAUGGCAGUCGAAAGGAGCUGAUCUUAGAUGCGGAAGACACAUGGAUUCGUCUCGAGGGGCUGGCGGAGACCACCGAAUAUACUGUGAGACUGCAAGCUGCCAGAGGAUUAGAAACUAGCGCUAUUGUUUCUACAUCUUUCACAACAGGAAACCGAUUGUUUCCAACGCCACAGAACUGCGCGCAACACCUCCUAAAUGGAGAGACUCUAGGUGGGAUCUACACUGUCUACGUCAACCGAGACCUCAGUCAAGGCGUACAGGUUUACUGUGACAUGACCACUGAUGGAGGCGGCUGGAUAGUGUUUCAGAGACGUCAAAACGGUUUGACUGAUUUCUCCAGAAAGUGGACUGACUACAAGAUCGGCUUCGGCAACCUGGAGGACGAAUUCUGGCUCGGCUUGGACAACAUUCAUAAGAUUGCAGCUCAAGGUCGUUACGAGCUGCGUAUUGACAUGAAGGAUGGCCAGGAGUCUGUAUACGCCAACUAUGACAGGUUUUCUAUUGGGGACUCCAAGAGCCUUUACAAACUGAGGAUAGGAGAGUACAAUGGCACCGCAGGUGAUUCUUUGAGCUACCACCAGAGCCGACCUUUCUCUACUAAGGACAAAGACAAUGACAUUGCUGUCACCAACUGUGCACUGUCCUACAAGGGAGCCUGGUGGUACAAAAACUGUCAUCGUGCAAACCUUAACGGCAAAUACGGAGAGUCUAGACAUAGUCAGGGUAUAAACUGGUAUCACUGGAAAGGCCAUGAGUUUUCCAUCCCUUUUGUGGAGAUGAAGAUGAGACCGUUCAACUACCGCAGCAUCAGUGGCAAACGGAGGAGAUCCACUCAUUAAUCCACCGUCCUUCUAGCGCUUUCUAUUUUUAAACAGGGUGAGGAGGACACAAGGAGCGAUGUAAUUUAUUUAAAUCUUUUGAAUGACAAAACCCCUCUGACGAAUGUCUGAUGUAAAUUGUAAACCUCGAGGUUCGGUGACUUUCUUAUGUGUAAUGCUGUUUGUUCAAUUCUGGGAGAUUAAGGAAGACUAGGUAGUGUUUGGGUCACACUUUAUUUUGAUGGUCUGUUUGUUGAAUUUAAGUUACACUGCAUCUACAUGCCAACUAAUUCUCAUUAGAUUAUAAGUAGACUGUUAGGUUAGGUUUGGGGUUAGGGUUAGUGUAAGUUGAAAUGUACUUGAAAAGUUUCUUAUAGUCAGUUAAAUGUCUGUUAAAGGAGCAGUAUCAACAGAUAUUAUGCAGACAGUCUACUAAUACUCAAAUGGAGCAUCAAAAUAAAGUGUUACCAAAGUUUGAGAUUGUUCGGCACGUUUACAGUGUUAGGCCUGCAGAAAGAAACCUAAUUAAUAAGUAAAGAAAGGAUCAUUUCUCCCUUUGAGACAAAAAAAAAACAUUUUAGAAGAAAAUGAAUGCCCGUUAAAAUGAGAUGCUUCUAUUUUUAUAAGUGAUGAGAAAAAACCUAUAAAAAAGUAGCCGAUUGAUUUUUGGUCAGUUUUAAUUCGUGUUCAUCACACUUUAUAGUGUUACAUUUUGCACUUACCGCACCAUGAACAGUUUGUUUUUAAUGUAUUUCAUCUCAUAUUUAAAUAUAAUAACAGUUGGAGAUUUUACUGUUGAGGAACUGCAAAGAGUUCUUACACCGUUUUCUGAAAAGGUGAAAACACAAAAUUCUAUAAUUGUUGAAACCUCAGAAACCAAAGAAUUAUUCAGUAUCUGAGGUCAAAAUUUGAUUGGGAAAAAUACAUCAGAUUCAUUUCAAUCAAAUAACCCCCCCCCCCCCCCCCAUUUUAUUUGCAUUUUAUUUUAUUUGAGCUUUUUGUUUACACUACAGAGUUUUCAACUAAAAACAGAACACUUUUGUUGGCAUUUUGUAGCCUGAAAAAUGCUAACUUUUAAAAAUGCAAACACAUUAACUAGUGAAACUUUUCAAAAACACAAAGGAAUUCUAUUUUUAGUUGAUAACUGUACUGGAAACAUUAGAAAAUGCUUAGGAACGCACUGAUAUGUACAUAUGAAGAAGACUUUUACGUAUAGUAGUUCUGUCUCACACUCAAUGCUUUUGAGUGGAUCAGUGGUUUUUGUUCCUGUAGACUUGAAGGAACAAUGCCGUCCAUCUGUGUCUUAGUAAAUCCUUUAGGUUAAUAGCAAUUCAUAGUUGAGUGCAGGAGAAUUGUUUUUUGCCACUUCAGUAAUGCUUGCAGAGUGAAGACCAUCUGAAAGGUUCUUUUCAUAGGUGUUUAGUUCCUUUCAUACAGAAUUGAUAUAAAGUGGAGUUUGUCAGACACCUGCUGAUAACGCUUGAGCAUUCAAGACUUGCCAAUUCACAAUAGGUCAUAAAAGCAAUGCAACUCUCUUAGUGCAACUUAGAACAUAGUCUUACUUCUUUUACUUUUUCUACCUGACAAGAAUAUAUUAUUUCAUUGUGUAGUCUAACAAGGCCCCAUUGUGUUUUGUACAGUGACAGAAAGGUUCGUUAAGGAGUGCGGCUAUGUCAUAUUUUUCUAGACCUUUUCUGAAUGAAACGUAACUCUUACCUCAGCUAGAUAAUUGUUUUUCUACUAGUGCAUUACUCUCCGUUUGUGGUUUAGAGGGGGUUAAUUGUCUAAUUAACUCCUGGCAUUGUUUUCUGUGUAUUCUUUUGUGAAAAAAAGACUAAAACUACUGUCAGUUAU